AUGUGUUUCGAAGACAAUUAUGUUGGUCGCCAAAGAUUGGCACCCGGUAGAGACGUAUCUCGCGCCGAUCCGCGUUUUCUGAUCGCUAUGUGGUUCGUAUACCAACGCACUCUGGAUGGGGAUGGCCGAACGAACAAUAUUGCCGAAGCCGCCCGGCUGCAAGGCGACUCCGGAGUAGACUGUGAAGAAAUAGGCUGUCCGGAAAACUUCUAUACCGAUUCGGGUGAACUGCAGUUUCCGAUCAAUCAGGGCCCCACGAUAGUCUUGGCACUCAUCAAAGAACUCAAGGCGAAGGUUAGCUCAUGGGAUGAAGAGAUAUGGGACCUGAUCGACGAAGAGGACCAGCAAGAGAGGGAGCUGGCGGAAGCGUCUCAAUUCGAUCCGGACGUGUCAGAGUUCAUCUCUGAAUUUGGCGCGUGCUUGCCUCAGGAGAGCGAGGAAAACGAGGCCGAAACCUGUUACUCGACCCCUUGCGCAAAAAGACGGUUCCUGACGCUGAUCCAAGGACAUACGGCGAUCCUGUCCGCCAACGGGAUUCCGCUGGCAAACUACGCUCUGACUCUGAAGUCUUCGAUGGAAGCUGCGAUGCCACCCCGUAUGCGACAAGAUCUGAAGGACGAGCGCCGGAUGGAGCAGAGAUUCUCUCAUGAGCCACAACAGGAAGCUCAUGCUGACUCUCCCGAGAAUAGCGUCGAACAGACCGUCUCCGGUGUUGAGAAAAUGAUCGGAUUCUUGAGACGACGUGUGCAGGAUUCAGAGGACAACAUGUUCCUGGACGCUGCUGCGGCUCCAGCUGAGUCCAAGGACGUACUAGAUCGCCGGAAGAAACAUCAAGAUCGCCGAUACAGUUCAACAGUCAUCGCUGCUGCUGUCAAGACCCAACGGGGCAAAUUCAAGCCCCGCCCGUGCCUUUUCUGUGACACUGCCGACCAUAAUUCCUCCCGGUGUUCCGCUGAUCUGACACUCGAGAAACGAAAGGAGAUCCUGUCAAAUCAAAAGCGAUGCUUCAGAUGUUUCGGACCAAAUCAUCGAAGCACCAGCGAAUGUUCGGGACCCCGAUUCCCAUGUGCAAUCUGCAAGUCGAGCAGGCAUUACGCGCCGAUGCACCAGAACGCAUCGGCGGCGACGAGUGCGAUCGUUGAUGAGGUCGCCUGCGGUGUCGAUUCAACCAAUGCCCUCCUGUGGACUUCUUCGGCAUACGUGGUCAUUGGAGGCCUCUGGAUACCGAUAACGGUUUUCAUAGAAGGCGGUAGGUCAAUCACUGUGAUGCUGCCAUCGUUGCGCAAGAUGCUCCGGGACUCUCCGGUCGGCUCGCGAGAUCUCAGCGUGCAGACCUUCGCGAGUUCCCACUCCAUCAAGAACGCUCCAGUUUUCAAUGUUCGUUUAACGGGGCCCUUCGACAAGACUACGGUGGAGCUUCUCGCCCUGGAGCACAACUUCGGUGUUCACCCGCCGGUCGCCGCGAAAACACUACAAAAUCCGUGGAGUCUUGAAUCGGUGGGCAUCGCCGACGCCCCUACGUCUCCGCAAUUGUCCGCAGACGAGGACUCUGCGGUCCGGCAGUUCAUUUCUGGGCUCGAGUACAAGGACCAUCAAUACGUCGUGGAGUUCCCCAAACGGGAAACCAUAGGCCUGCUCUCCAAAAAUAAGAAUGUCGCUCUGAGGCGGCUGCAGAGAAAGCUUUCCCAGCUCGAACGAGAACCCCUCACAUAUCGUCGAUACCACGAGGAACUGAUGAAAUUCGUCUGCGAAGGUCAUGCCGUUGAGGUUGGAACAAUCGCACCGGACGAGCCAUCAGAAGUCGAAGGAAGCUACUUCAUGCCGCAUCAUGAAGUUAUCACAGGCUCCGGUGCGACGGAAAAGUGGAGAAUCGUGUUCGAUUGCUCAUCAAAGGAUCGGGGAGCUACUUCUCGGAACGACCACUUACUCCCCGGACCUAAUCUCAACCCGGAGCUGGUAUCGGUGCUCCUGAAUUUUCGUAAGCAUGCCGUGGCCGUAUCCGCCGACAUCACCAAGGCCUAUCUGCAGCUGGCAAUCCGAGAAAAUGAUCGUUCGCUCUUCAAAUUCGUAUGGAGAGCACCAGGUGAACGUGAAAUCAAGGUAUUCCAGAUGCUGAAGGUCAUAUGGGGAGCGGCGUCUUCGGGGUUUUUGCUGGCUGCUACGAUCCGUGAGCAUUUGAAGCGGGGUGAUCCAUCGUGCAGAGAGCUGGGGGAAUAUUUGUACGCCGACGAUUUCCUCCAGAGCUCCAGAAGCGAUCAACAAGCGAUUGAAUUCAUUGAUAGAAUGCGAGAUACACUCAGAGUCGCCGGCAUGUCGCUGGCAAAAUGGAAGACAAACUCUAAUGCGAUCACCGAUCAUCUGGUCAGCACGGGAGCGGAUUCGUCAACAUUCGAUAGGGGCGGCUGUGGUGUGCUUAAGGUACUCGGUCUCUCAUGGGAGCCGAAGGAUGACGUUUUCCGAUUCACCACCUCCUCGUUAAGCGAGCAAUUCGAGUCGAAAUCAUCCUUAACCAAGCGAGCAGUUCUCAGCAUAGUGCCCUCGUACUACGACCCGCUCGGGUGGUUGAUGCCGUUCACCAUCCGCGGAAAAAUUAUCGUUCAGAAAAUGUGGACGGCGAAUCUCGAGUGGACUCAGACAGUUUCUGAUGAAAUGAGAGAGGAGCUUGCUCAAUGGACUACCGAGGCAAGGGCCUCCGCGGGUUUCGUGUCCCGACGCCAAUACGGCGACGCGCGCAGAGAUCCGGUGGGAUUCCAGCUCCAUUUGUUCGGAGACGCAUCCCAGUUGGCAUACGCGUGCGCUGCCUAUAUCGAGAGCCGUUUCUCGGAUGGAUCGUCGACCUUCUCGCUCGUGAUGGCGAAGUCGAGAUUGGCUCCUCGCGACCGGGUGUCUUUGCCCCGCCUUGAGCUCCUGGCGGCUCUGAUCGCGGUCAGACUGAACAAUUUUCUGGUGCAGCGAAUGCGGGUGGAGUUCGAGGCAUUCACCUACUAUAUCGACACAACCGUCGCCUUCCACUGGGCUACGUCUGCUAAACCCGGUGGGUGGAAAACCUACGUCAGCAACCGCGUGGAGGAGAUUCAGGCGAGUUCUCGCCGGGAAGACUGGUUCCAUGUCCGAGGGACAAGCAAUAUCGCCGACCUGGCUACCCGGGGAAUCAGCGCUCAGACGCUGACGGGGUCAUCAGAAUGGUGGUAUGGCCCGGAGUGGCUACGACUCCCAGCCAGCGAACGACCGCUGUCCCAACCGGCUGCAACUAAGCCCACCUUCCAAGAUGUUCGUCAGGAGAUCCGAUCGGUCUCCGCUCCAAUCGUGUCGACGGCUGCCGGAUUGAACCUCGAUCUUUUUAGCUCCUCCAGCGGAGCGGUACGGGUUCUUGCCAAUGUACUCCGCUUGACGCUUCAUGCCGGGGAACGGGUUGCGACGGCCUCGAAGCUCAGCUCAUUCGAUCUCUUCGUCGACGAAAACGGUCUCCUCCGAGCCAGAACGCGGCUGACCGAAGGACCGUUCUAUACCUACGAGGGGAAAAACCCUGCCGUCACCCCGGGUCAGUCUCGAUUGGCGUCACUCUUGAUAGUCGAUGCGCAUCGUGUAAAUGCUCAUUUCGGGGUUUCCACCGUGCUCUCUCAGCUCCGGAGGCGAUUCUGGAUAACGAGAGGCAGACAGGUAAUCAAAUCUAUUCUUCGCCGCUGCGUGAUUUGUCGCGAACGUCAGGCGGCUCCCGCCACUCAGAUUGAGGCGCCUCUUCCCGAGUGCAGAGCGGACUUCCUUGCCCCCUUCGCUUCGACCGGCCUCGACUUCUGUGGUCCGUUUCAUGUUCGCCAUCGUCUGGGAUCUCAGAAAGCCUAUGUCGCCGUGUUCACGUGCUGUCCGAUUCGUGCCGUUCAUCUGGAGCUCCUUCCGUCGCAAAAUACUCCACAGACACAUCUGGCCGUGCGACGAUUCCUGGCAGCGCACCCGAGCUGCACGCGGAUUAUAUCCGACAACGGUGCCUCCUUCGUCAAGGCCGCAACCGAACUGAAAAGGGUCUUCAAUUCGCUGAAGGAUCCAACAGUUCAAGAGGAGCUGAACGGGCGAGGUGUUCACUGGAGCUUCAUUUGUCCCCGCGCGCCGUGGCAUAGAGGAUUUUAUCAGCGGGUUGUCGGCAUUCUCAAAUCUACUCUCGUCAAAACGCUGGGACGGAGUCUCAUAGGUUAUGAAGAAUUCCGAACAAUUCUCUGCGAACUGGCCGGAGUAAUCAACGAGCGGCCGCUUACCUUCGUAUCUACAGAUCCAGACGCACCGGCCGCUCUGACCCCAGCGCAGUUCCUCCGAGGGGGUCCGGGUUAUCCCGCCUAA